UUUGCAGUGAGCUGUGAGUUCCGAAUUUGAUCCGACGCCAUCCUUGUAUUUUUGUGAUUGUCUGAAAAAAAUCGUGGAAAAUUAGUGAAAACAGGUGGAAAUUUCGUGUGAUUUAUGCCUAAAUCAAUCUCGCUGUUCCGUUAUUUUGAGUUGUUCUUAUUUUUGUUUCAAUUGGUGCCGCGCUAAGCAUGAUGCAAUCGGCGCUUAUAGUUUUCAAACGAGACUCGAGCAGCCAUCUGCAGCAGCACAGUCAGUAGGAAAAGCUGCCUCAUUUUCCACCGUGGAAAAGGGACAGGCCGAAGGUUUAUUGAUUCAUUUAUAUUCCAACAAUGGAACACAGUUAUUCGCGAGAUUUGCGUCCCCCGAUGGAAAACAGUCAGACGGCGUCGACAAGGGCGCUAAUGGUGCACAGGCCACCACAGUGUCCAGCCUGUCACACACACGGUCAUGACGAACGAAUUGACCUGGAGGAAUCGUACAAUCCACCGAUUCCUUCAUACAACGAGGAGAGCGCCAAGAUCGCUAUGAUGGAGAGCGAGAAUGUCACGCAGAUGGUGCGCAAUCUCAACUCCGAGGACAUUGACUGGGAGGAGAAGAUCAAUAAGCUUGGUUGGUCCAUACAACAAAUUCGUUUGUUCAGUAAAAUAACCAAGCUACUUGAUAUGGAUCGGUUGGCGCGAUUAACAAUCGCUGACAAACAGCACGAACCGGUCCACCGGCGAAUGGUUAUUGACAAAUCCGUGGGGCGUUUACGACAGGCCCUGUCUAGUGUAACCUGGGAUCCUCGAUUGACGCAGUGGAUUCACGGAUUGCUAGUGGAAAGCUUGCCUCCGAGCUACCUGGCCGCUUACAUCGAUAUACUGCAGACUUUGAAGGCGAAACUGCCCAAUCUAGUGGACAAGAUGAUUUUUGGAAGACCGAUAAACAUGCAUCAGGAGCUGCUUGGUCCGGUACUCAAGAAACCCUGGGAACCGAUCGUCGCCCACAAGAACAGAAAACUUCCAGGUCAGCCGUACAUCGUGGUGGUGCCAUCGGGACCGAAUAUGACCUCACCGAGCACUCGGCUGCAGAAGUGGUACUCACUUUUUGCAACUAUGGCGUCCGUUAUUCCAAUCACGAUGCCACCGCAGGGGAAUGCCGUGUUGAAGCAAUCGAUUCAGAAUGUGUCGGAACAGAUGGUUGCGGUGACACGCACCAAGAUACAGGAAGUUAGACAAGAAGCGCCCAAUAGGCCUAUAAUUUUGGUGGGAUUCAACGCUGGAGCAGCAUUGGCCAUUCAGAUUGGUCUGGUUGAGGCGGUCAGCUGUAUUGUGUGCCUCGGGUUCGCCUACAAUACAGUGAAUGGAACCAGAGGCGCACCGGAUGAUCACAUUACGGACAUUACAGCUCCGGUGUUGUUCGUUAUCGGACAGAUGUCGGCGAGGUCGAGCCAAGAAGAAAUCGAAUUGCUUCGCGAACGAAUGAUCGCACAAACCUCGCUGGUAGUGGUCGGAUCUGCCGACGACUGCCUACGGGUGUGUAAGUCCAAACGCAAAAUCGAAGGCGUAACUCAAUCGAUGGUGGACAACAUGGUGAUGGAUGAGGUGGCCGAAUUCGCAACCAAUAGCUUGCUGAAUCCCCCAAGACCCAAGCAAACCAUCAAGGACCCCAACGGACAGAAGUCCAAUCUGCUAUUGUCUAACAAUAGCAGUAACUUGACCGCCACUGGCGGGCCACCGCCAAUUUCGUCGGUUGGAGGAGCACCGAAAGCCCCUCCGCUUCCGGUUACUGGUGGUUACAUUCGGAAAAGAAAGAUGAGUCAGUCCGCUGAUGGCAACGAUCCAUCGAAAGCAGCACGAUUCAAUAAACAGCCGCCACAAGCGACUCAACGAAAAACUACCAAAACUCAAAAACAAUCGCGAGCAGAAAAGUUGUUACUGCAGCAGAAUCAGCAAGCAUUGGAUGCUGCUAUUCAAAGUAUUCUACCAUCAACGGACAAGCCAUCCCCUGUACCCAAUGCGAGUAAACCUCCACCGCACAUGACUAAUUAUCAGGUUAGCAGCGGAAAUAAUUUGGAACUUCGUAGUUCGCAAGUCGUGUCCGGCAUGGGUAACUCCCCCAUUGUAUUACCCAUGCUGAAGCGAGAAGGUUCAACCCAUACACAGCCUCCGAUUCCGGCUACAACCCCAGCAGCUUCAUCCACUCCUGAGAUUAAAGUGAUUCCCGCCAAUCAGUUCAUUCAAUUGAAACCAUCAGGAUCUACGCAAAAGUUUGUAACCCUGAAGUCAUCGUCAAAGCCAGUCGUGUCGGUGAUUCCGAAGCCACCAACGCCUUUGGCUCCCGGUCCAUUGGUGAAGCAAACAACACUCCAAUCUCCAAUCGUGUCCCAGCAGCAUUCAUUCAGCCCUACCAAAUUUACUAUUGUUCGAAGUCCUGUCGGUAUGCCAAUGACUCCCACGACCCCAACAACCAUACCCAUAAAAACGUUAAAAUCGCCGCCAACCCCAGAUCUAUCAAAUACGAGCAUUUUCGAUAUGCCUAUAGUAUUUGCCGACAGUGAAGGCAAUAUUCAAGAGAGUUCGCCGCAAAAACCGAUCGACACAAUUAAAACGCCACCCAACAUUAUAACCAUCGGACCAGUAGUGGGCAAUCAUCCCCAAAUUGUGAAAACGGAAACCAUGAACCGCCUCAUCACACUACAACCUUCGAUGAAACCCAAUAAGGUUGUUGUCAUCAACAAAGGAAACAUGAAACAAGUUCCACCAAACUUGCUAUCAUCCGUUACCCUCAACAAAUCAACCUCCAUCACCCCGACUGGAGUGAAGUUCGCCAAAGUGGUUAUCUCCAACCCACUCAAUAAGGCUACAACUUCUACGACACCCACCACAACCAUUCUCCCCCAGAAACUUACCCAAAUCCUGCCCAACCAAAAAAUAGAAAUCAUAAACAACACCGUUGUUAAGUCGGCCCCAAUCACCGCCACUACCACAUCUCAGCAGCAAAAGUUCCAACCAGUCAUCUUGAACGUGGAUCCCACCAAGACCACCACAAUGAAGAAUUUCGUCCGGGUUGGCGAAACACAGAUCCGACCGAUAACCGGCACUUCGAACGUGUCCAUUCCCGCCAAGAUCCCCACCUCGGGUACGAGUGUAACCACGACCAGUCCUGCUGCCCAACUGGCACCCGGGAUUCCCGGCACGAACAAAAUUCUCAUCAAAACGAACUCCCUAGUCCAGUUCGCCAACCGGAAACCGACCAUCCUGAACCGCAGCAUCACGGUUCGGAAGGUCAACAUUUUGCCUCAGUCGCAGGCAAGCAGUGGAGUCAACCCGGUAGCGGUCGGAAACUCUGUUGUGAUUUCUUCUGCACCCAAACCGGUUACCAGCGUGCAGCAACAACAACAACCAAGGGCGCCAUGAAGUGCAAACUAUGCAAACAUAGAGGAUAUAAGUUUUAUCAUGUGAGAAGUUUAUUGAUUGUUUUAUGGAAUAAAACACAGAAUAUCAAGUAUGGUAAGUACCGUUUAUAAAUGUAUUCGAUUGUCAAAGUGAACAACAACCAUAAUAUAUUGACAAUAAUUUAACUAGAACGAUUAUAUUUUGAACCACUGAAAUAUGAAUGCCUUAUCGACGACGUAUGUCUGUAGGUUAGUUAUUAGUCGUCCAAAAUAACCGUAUAUACAUUCUACCUACUAUUGUGAACCACGUAAGGCUUUCAGCAACACAAAAAAUACCAUAGGAAAUAGAAUAAAACAUAUAUGCUAAAUAA